CACUGGGCCAGCGGAUCCUUGUGCGCAUGCGCACACCCCUCCCCGCCGGCGGGGGCGGGGCCACUUGCGUCAUCGGGACGCGCGCCGCGGACAGCGCCGCGGUUGCCGGAAGUUGAGCGGCGCAGGUGACAAGGAAUGGCGGCAGCUAUGGGGGACCCCAGCCUCUCCAGAUUGCAGUUCGCCCCCUUCAGCAGCGCCUUGGACGUUGGCUUCUGGCAUGAGUUGACCCAGAAGAAGCUGAAUGAGUACCGGCUAGACGAAGCUCCCAAGGACAUUAAGGGUUAUUACUACAAUGGUGACUCUGCGGGGCUGCCAGCUCGCUUAACGUUGGAGUUCAGUGCUUUCGACAUGAGUGCGCCCACCCCAGCCCGCUGCUGCCCGGCGGUCGGCACACUGUAUAAUACCAACACUCUGGAGGCUUUCAAGGCUGCAGAUAAGAAGCUACUUCUGGAAGAAGCAGCAAACAAGAUCUGGGAAUCCAUCAAAUCGGGGGCCGCCCUGGACAACCCUGUGCUCCUCAACAAGUUCCUCCUCUUGACGUUCGCGGAUCUAAAGAAGUACCACUUCUACUACUGGUUCUGCUCCCCCGCUCUCUGCCUGCCAGAGAGUAUACCCCUCAUUCAGGGGCCAGUGGGCUUGGAUCAAUGGUUUUUGCCAAAACAGAUUCAAGCCCUGGAACACGCGUAUGAUGACCUCUGUCAGACAGAAGGUGUCCCCGCACUGCCUUACUUCCUAAUCAAGUAUGAUGAGACCACCGUGCUGGUUUCCUCGCUCAAACACUACAGUGAUUUCUUCCCGGGUCAAAGGGCAAAGAUAACGAUUGGCGUAUACGAUCCCUGUAACUUAGCGCAGUACCCCGGAUGGCCUUUGAGGAACUUUUUGGUCCUGGCAGCCCACAGAUGGAGUGGCAGUUUCCAGUCCGUGGAAGUGGUCUGCUUCCGGGACCGCACCCUGCAGGGGGUGAGAGACGUCGCCCACAGCAUCGUCUUCGAAGUGAAGCUUCCAGAGAUGGCAUUCAGCCCAGAUUGUCCCAAGGCAGUCGGGUGGGAGAAGAACCAAAAGGGAGGCAUGGGGCCGAGGAUGGUGAACCUCAGCGAGUGCAUGGACCCUAAAAGGUUAGCUGAGUCAUCGGUAGAUCUCAACCUCAAGCUGAUGUGUUGGAGAUUGGUCCCCACUCUGGACUUAGACAAGGUGGUGUCUGCCAAGUGUCUGCUGCUUGGAGCCGGCACCUUGGGUUGUAACGUAGCCCGGACGUUGAUGGGCUGGGGCGUCAGAUGCAUCACGUUCGUGGACAACGCCAGGAUCUCCUACUCUAACCCCGUGAGGCAGCCGCUGUAUGAAUUUGAAGACUGCCUGGCGGGCGGGAAGCCCAAGGCCCUGGCGGCAGCAGACCGGCUGCAGAAGAUCUUCCCCGGAGUGAACGCCAGAGGGUUCAACAUGAGCAUCCCCAUGCCGGGGCACCCCGUGAACUUCUCCAGCGUCACCCUGGAGCAGGCCCGCAGGGACGUGGACCAGCUGGAGCAGCUCAUCGACGACCACGACGUCGUCUUCCUGUUGAUGGACACCCGGGAGAGCCGGUGGCUGCCUGCCGUCAUCGCCGCGAGCAAGAGAAAGCUGGUCAUCAAUGCUGCCUUGGGAUUUGACACCUUCGUUGUCAUGAGACACGGCCUGAAGAAGCCCAGGCAUCAGGGAGCCGGGGACUUGUGUCCCAGCUACCCCGUGGCAUCUGCCGACCUCCUGGGCUCAUCGCUGUUUGCCAACAUCCCUGGCUACAAACUUGGCUGCUACUUCUGCAACGAUGUGGUGGCCCCAGGGGAUUCAACCAGAGACCGGACCUUGGACCAGCAGUGCACCGUGAGUCGUCCGGGACUAGCCAUGAUCGCAGGGGCGCUGGCGGUGGAGUUGAUGGUUUCCGUUCUGCAGCAUCCCGAAGGGGGCUACGCCAUUGCCAGCAGCAGUGACGACCGCAUGAAUGAGCCGCCAACGUCCCUCGGCCUUGUGCCUCACCAGAUACGAGGAUUUCUGUCACGGUUUGAUAACGUCCUUCCCGUCAGCCUGGCCUUUGACAAAUGCACAGCUUGUUCUUCCAAAGUUCUCGAUCAGUAUGAACGAGAAGGAUUUAAUUUCCUGGCGAAGGUGUUUAAUUCUUCACAUUCCUUCUUAGAGGACUUGACCGGUCUUACGUUGCUGCAUCAAGAGACCCAGGCUGCUGAGAGCUUGUUUUUUGAGAUAUUUGCAUGUUGCUGCAAACACCAGGAGAUGGUGGAAGACAGAGGAACCUGGCAGGCGGCAAUCCCCGGGGUUGCAAAGAGUCCAACACGACUUAACAACUGAACAGCAACGACAAACAUGCUGUUGUUGUAUCAGUAGCUCCAGUUCUGCCGUUGCCACCACAUGAAUUUGUGUGGAAACCCAUCCAUUCUUCUGUUGAAAAACACUGAGGUCAUUCCCAAGCUUUGGAUGAAAAUAACACCCCAACGAGCGUCCUGGUGCACACAGCUCCUGUCCUAGAGGGUCUGAAUCUUUUCUGCUCUAUCACCUACCCCUCAUUGAUCAACACGCCAAACGACUGGUUUAGGUCUCCGUUCCAGAAAUUCGUGAUUCAUUAAAGUGGGAGCUUGUCUGAGACGUGGCAUGUUGGUUUCCCUCAGGGUUUUUAACUUAGAGAGUGGUACAUUAAGGUCACUUGGGAGGCCCCCUUGAAAAUAAACUCAAGACUUGACCUGGA